AUGCAGCUUGGGAAUGAGACCUCAUCGACCCAGUUUGUUCUGGAAGGACUGACUGAUGCAGAGGAAUUGAAACCCUUACUUUUCAUCAUCUUUCUGCUGAUCUACCUAGUGGCCAUGGUUGGGAACCUCGGCAUUGUUGGCCUGAUUCUCAUUGACUCACGACUCCACACGCCCAUGUACUUCUUCUUGGCCAACCUGUCACUGCUGGACUCAGCGUAUAUCUCCAACACGGUGCCCCAGGUGCUGGCACAUCUGCUGGUGUCAGUGAGGAUCAUUCCCUAUAGAUCUUGUCUUACCCAGAUAUUCUUCCACCACUUCCUGGCUCCCUGGGAGUGCUUCCUGCUCACAGCCAUGGCCUAUGACCGCUAUGCAGCCAUCUGCCAGCCCCUGCACUACCUAGUUCUUAUGGGCCGACAGACCCGACUGCUACUUGGUUCACUCUCCUUUCUGUUUGCCUUAAUCAAUGGUCUCACUCACACCAUUCUUGUGUCUUUACUCAAGUUCUGUAGAUCUCACUUUAUCACCCACUUCUUCUGUGACAUUCCUCCACUGCUCAGACUCUCUUGUUCCAGCACACAUGUUAAUGAGCUUGCAAUGUUCUACUUCAGUUUCCUGGUGGCUCUGGCACCCUGUGCCCUGGUUGUGAUCUCUUAUAUUCAUGUUGUGGUUGCUGUUCUCAGGAUUCGUUCUGCUGAAGGCCGAAGGAAAGCCUUUUCCACCUGUGGCUCUCACCUCACCAUGGUCUGUAUUUUCUACAUCACUUCAGUCCUCUGCUACAUCUUACCCAGCUCUGCAUACUCCCGCCUGCGUGACCGGGUGCUGUCCGUGCUCUUUGUCGUCCUCACUCCUAUGCUAAACCCCAUUGUCUAUAGCAUGCGGAACAAAGAGGUGAAGAGAGCUUUGCUCAAGGCCCUUGGGAAAGAAAGUACGUCUUAG